AUGACCAGCUCUCAAGUGUCUUCGCCAAUGGCCAGCUCUCAGCUGUCUUCGCCAGUGACCAACGCUCAAUUGUCUUCGCAAGUGACCAACGCUGUAUUGCCUUCGCAAGUGACCAGGGUUCAAUUGUCUUCGCGAAUGACCAGCGUUCAAUUAUCUCCGCCAACGACUAGCGCUCAAUUGUUUUCGACAAUGGCCAACGCUCAAUUGUCUUCGCAAGUGACCAGCGUUAAAUUAUCUUCGAGAAUGACAAGCGUUAAAUUGUCUACGCCAAUGACUAGCGCUCAACUGUCUUCGACAAUGACCAGCGCUCAAUUGUCUUCGCACAUGGCCAGCGUUCAGUUAUCUUCGCUAAUAACAACGCAUAGGGUUACCAGUCAAUCACAAACAUCAAUAACGACAGUUACUUCAUCUCCGGUCACUUCCAUUUUCUGGGCUUUUGAUAACAAUGUGAACGAUCUUUACAAUGUGUACAAUGGUGUUCCCACUAGUGUGACAUAUUACUCUCCAGGCAUUAAUGGUUAUGGAACUGCAGCCCAAUUCAGCGAUAGCAUUAGUAGCAUUAAUAUACCUUCACCUUAUGUUAAUCUUCAAAAUAGAAGCUAUACUUUUGAUUGUUGGGUUAAUCCCGGAACCACGAUGUACUCAAAUGAUUAUCUUAUUUUCUUUGUCUGUCCUGUGCAACAAAAUGACAAAUGUAUGCAAGUGCUUAUUCGUUAUGGUAAACCAAUGCUAACAAUUUGGUACGGUGAUUGCCUGAGUUCAAAUAACAUUACUGUUAAUGUCUGGACACAUCUCGCAUUUGUCUUUGAUUAUCACGCCAACCAAGCGACACUCUACGUCAAUGGAGCUGUUGAUACGGUAUGUACUAGUUAUCCUUCGUUUCAAGGAACACCUACAGCAACAUCUUGGAUCGGAUGGUCUUCUACUGUAAACAAGUAUUAUUCAGGUCUAAUCGAUCAACUUUCAUUAGUUACAAGAGUCAAAACCGCUCGUGAAGUACUCGAUGCAGCAACUCUCGUACUAUAUUAUUCGUUCGACAAUAAUGUUUUGUAUGAUUCAGGCCCUAAUUUUAUUAAUGGUACAGGAAUAAAUGUAGCAUUUGCGUCGGGUCGUGUCAAUCAAGCAGCCAUGCUCAAUACGACUCCAUCGUACGUCACAGCAAGUAAUCUAGUACUGUUCAGCCUUUUGAAUCAGCCUUAUUCAUUUUCAUUUUGGAUUAAUGCAUACUCAACAACCAAUGCUACUCUUGUUUAUGCAUGGAAAUCGACCUUAAAUAAUAAAUCAUGUUUACCAAUAUUGGGUUUCACUUCAUUAGGCUCCAUUGUUGCACAGAAACGCAAUUCUACAACAGUAGUAAGCAUUGUUGGCCCUGUUAUCAGUCCACAUACUUGGGUUCAUAUUGCGCAUACCUAUUCACCUAGUGACGGCAUUCGUUUAUUUAUCAAUGGCACUUUAGUGGCAAGUAGUUCUUGGCUAGAAUCUGUAGCAUCGAAAGCUUCUACAAUUAACAUUGCGGUUGGUCACUGCAUUAAUGCUACAUUAUGCUCGUGUUCAUCAGGUGUCAUAAUACCAGGACAAUAUAAUGGACUAAUUGAUGAAUUUCGAUUCUAUUCUCGUCGUCUAAAUACGAGUGAUAUUCUCGCAUUGACAAAUCCAUAA